AUGCCUGUGACAAUCAACCUCAUAUGUGGUGCUCAAGAAGACGGACAAACUAUUCUAUCUCCAUUAAUAUUUAAUAUCGAUGAUAUUAAAAAGUUAAGAGAUGUCGGUAUUUGUGGAAUCUUGUCUGGGACAUUACCAUCAGCAGCACAACAGAACAUUUUCUUGUCGGUGCCUUUAAAAUUGAUGAUCGAAGAAGCAAUCUGGUUAUAUUUAAAUGGUUUAGCUGAAUUCAAAGUUCUCAGAGGAGAUACAGCGCAUUUAGUUAAGGAGAUAUUAGAUCGAGAUGCUCAUAAUAUCCACGUCGUUGCGAAGGAAAGACUAGAGAGAUCUUUUGAAUUACAAAGAGAAUAUAAAAGGGAACAGCAUCGUUUGAAAUUAGAACGAUUAGGAAUAAUUUCUCCAGAAACAUCCAAUAAAAAUACGAGUGAUCAAUCUCAAAAUGAUAAGUUAUUAGAGGCAUCAUUGUUUAUAGAGACCCCAACAACAUCGAAUUUACUAAAUAAUCUUCACUUAAAUCAUGAAAAUGGGAUCAAUGAUAAUUUACUACAUAUUUUAGUCUCACAAUAUAGUAACUGGGACAAUUUUCUUCUCUUCCAAGCGUUGAAGGAUAAAGGUUAUGUAUUGGCUCCAGGUGGAAGAUUUGGUGGGAAAUUUAUUGCUUAUCCUGGUGAUCCAUUAAGAUACCACUCUCACAUGGUUGUUCGCGAUGCAUUACACUAUAAGGAUCAACCGUUGGACCUUUUAGAAUUAGCGGCAAAUGCUAGAUUGGGAACUGCUGUGAAAAAGAUUUGGGUCAUAGGAGCACCAAUUCCAACAAAUGAUAAGCUGGAAAGUAACAAUAUACCUUCUAAGAAAGAUGUUUCCUUUUAUUCCGUAGAAUGGGCAGGAUUUGGCUGA